AUGGAAUUAGAAGGCGAAGAACAAGGCCAUGGACCGGUAAAGGAAGGCGGCACAUCAUUCGCAGCUCCAGCGUCAGCACUGUUAUUGGAACGAGAUGGACCGAAACGAGGCAUUCUCACAAGAGUUGCCACCACCUUCACCCAGCUAAAGGAGCAGUUUGAAGAAGGUGGAAAAAUCGUGACUGUCUGGCCCCCUAUAAUGGAGAAAAUCGCGGACGAAUGGAAAAAGCUUAUAGAACUCUGGGAAGUCUUCGAUCAGACGUUGCUGCACCAGGCUAAACCAGGACAAUGCAUAGUCACUGGAACGAAGUGCUUCGGAUCUUCUUGUCGCGUGCGCAAAGAUACUGUACGAGGCCGUGAGAAGAAGAGUCGCGAAACAGAUGGCGCUGCCUGA